CCCACAGUUUGCUCCCAGAACACAAACAAGACCUGUGAGGAGUGCCUGAAAAAUGUCUCCUGUCUUUGGUGCAACACGGAUAAAACAUGCGUGGACUAUCCAGUGGCAAAAAUCUUGCCCCCUGCUUCUCUUUGUAAGCUGAGCUCUGCACGCUGGGGCGUUUGUUGGGUGAACUUUGAGGCGUUGAUUAUCGCCAUGUCGGUGGUUGGGGGCCUCAUCCUCCUGGCGGUUGCCACAUGCUGCUGCUACUGCUGCUACUGCAGAAAGAAGAAGAGCCGGAAGCCAGACAAAAGCGAGGAGAAGGCCAUGAGGGAGCAAGAAGAGAGGAGAAUACGGCAGGAAGAAAGGAGGGCAGAGAUGAAGUCAAGGCAUGAUGAAAUCAGGAAAAAAUACGGUUUGUUUAAAGAAGAAAACCCAUAUGCUAGAUUUGAAAACUAAAACACACUCCUGCCGUGUCAAGUCCCAAAGGCGCUCCUAGGGACAGCAGUCUGCAGGCCUGGCCGCCCCCAUCCUGCCUGCUGACCUUGAUGAAGUGAGCGUGACGCAGCUGCCCUGAAUGCUGUCCGUUCUUGUGAGCUUCUGUACCCUUUCCUGAUUCUGUAUUUAGUCACCUGAAAUGUUAAGCCUGUGCAGGUGGGGGAAGGCUGCUUUUGUUUUUGUUGUUAAUUUGAGGAGGAAUCGUGCACAUUCCACAUCUCAGUUUGUAAGCUCAUUGCACACCAACAGCCGCAACACUAACGCCAUCCUCCUGCUGCAGCGGCGCGAACCUUCUUCACAUCCACCCACUAACAGCUCCACACAGCAGCCGGGGAGUCUUCUCUGCCUGUGACGUGGGAGGAUCUGCCAGUCCCUCGUCGUUUCCCCCUAAAGCCACAGGUGUGGGCCUCAAGUCCCUGUUGCCCCGUCUCCCAAAUGUCAAUUCUGGUGGCUUUCCGCAUCCAGGACACAGUGUCAGGGGCCCUACUUCCUAGGCUGUAGUUGCAGUGAAAAACAUUGAGAGUGAAUGCAUUGAAAACCUUUUUUAAAAAAUCCUAGAUUUAUUUCCCCACCUAAAAGAUUUCACCAGGAAACUUCACUAUCAAUGUUCAGACCAUGCAUUGUAUGAUAUUUUAAUUUGUAUCUUUAGCAGACCAUGAAGCUUGUUAUCCAGUGAAAAUCUCUAUUGUAAAUGAAGUUUUGAAACAACCUCCCUAAGGCAGAAGAUGGGUACUCCCAUGUGCCAGCUUGGCGCUCGAGAGCGCUGUUCACUGCCCUGCUCGCUGUUCUAGCCCCAGUGACACAGGUGUCAGUCGCGUGUGUGAGGCGCUCUGAGCCUCUCCCUGCCGUUGGGCUGUGUGCCAUCCCUGAGGAGGAAGGGCUCUGUGCCUGGGAAGUGGGGUGUCCAGGGCCAGCUGAGGGGAUCUCCACACACUACCCAGAAACAAUGGUGACUGUCCUGCUUCUAAGAUGACCCUGGCUCUGAGCUGCACUCCUUUGGCUCAGACGUGUCAUGAGACUUCCCUUUAGAGGCGGGUUCUCGUAGGUCACCUGUGGCCUCCGGGUGCCCAGUGGCACCGUAUAUGAUGGUUCCAUUUCUUUCAGAGCAAGAAAUGUGGCUUCAGUAAUAGACUGAACUCAUGGCAGGGACAGCAGCAGACAAUGAAGUGACAGUGGAAGCAGCCUUUCUUAAAUCUGAACAUACUCCCCAGUGCCAGAUUGCUUUGAAUUAGAAAAACAUUAAGCUUCGGGAAAGUAGGCCAACAGGCACAUAAAAGAAGCCAUGCGUUCAGUCUUCACACUCCUGCUGCUCUGCCAUCACAUAAAGUUCACCUGCAGGCCAGGGUGAUCAACACAGCAUGACACGCCUUGAACCAUGGAGACUGGUGCUGGGAAUUAACGUUUCUACAAAACUGAGAAACUAACCUUUAACAAAGUCUGUAGUCUUAUUUCUCUUACUUGGACAUUUGACAGCAAUUUACAGUGUUACGAAACAUUCCUUAAUAUUUUAAAGCAGCCUGAUAAUUUUUACUUUCUGCUGUUUAUUCAUCGGAGAAACUUUGUAAUCGACUUCAAUGAACUUUUGUAUUAAUACAGUAGUUAGUAUGUAUGUAAAAUCACUCAAUGUAGGUUCCUGAGCUGACAGUAGAGCUAGGGAUUAUUAAAUACAGUGAGUACAGUGUAUUCCUCUCACAAGACAUGGAGCCCUCACCAGGGCAUCUGAAAGGCCACCCCAAGUCCACAUGCUUUUCUCUGAAAUAGUUCUAAAAGCAACCAAAAAUUAUAACCUCAAGAAACCAUAACAUUUGGAGUGCCUUAAUUUUUAACCAGUUUCCAGUAAAUGAAUUAAUACAUGCUUUUGCUGAAUA